UGCUUGCUCGGCGCCCUGCGGAGGGUGCACCAAAAUGGCGGGUCAAUCCGUUUCCCUGUGACGGUGUCAUUGCCACCCUCUCGGUUGGUGGGUGUACCAAGAUGGCGGCAUCCCCAUUGAAGCCCAGGCGCGAGGAAUUGUGGGUCGUGGAAGGUGUGCAGCAAGAUUGGCUGAGCCUGCCAACAUGUCCCUCUACAGGUUCAUAGACAUUGGCAUAAACCUAACAGAUCCCAUGUUUAGAGGAAUAUAUAGAGGCACAAAGAAACAUCAAGAUGACUUUGCAGAUAUAUUUGAACGUGCUGUCAAGACUGGUGUGCAGAAGUUCAUGAUCACCGGAGGAAAUCUGCAAGAGAGCAAGGAAGCAAUUCAGCUAGCACAGUCUAAUGAUCGUUUUUACAGCACUGUUGGCUGCCACCCGACACGAUGCGGCGAGUUUGAACAGGGAGAUCCGGACAAGUAUCUAACAGAUCUGCAGAGUCUUUUGGAAAAUAACAAAGGCAAAGCUAUAGCAGUUGGGGAAUGCGGCCUGGAUUUUGACAGAUUGGAAUUUUGUCCAAAGGAAACUCAACUCAAGUAUUUUGAAAAACAGUUUGAUCUAGCUGAACAUACCAAGUUACCAAUGUUCCUUCACUGCAGGAACUCACACAAGGAAUUUUUAGGUAUAAUGCAGAGAAAUAGAGAUCGUUGUGUUGGAGGUGUGGUUCAUUCUUUUGAUGGAACAAAGGAAGAUGCUGAAGCUUUAAUAAAUUUAGAUCUUUACAUUGGAAUUAAUGGAUGUUCAUUGAAGACAGAGUCUAACCUGGAAGUUCUGAAGUCUAUACCUGCUGAAAGAUUAAUGAUUGAAACAGAUGCUCCCUGGUGCGGAGUAAAGAAUACCCAUGCAGGAUCGAAAUAUGUUAAAACGACUUUCCCAACAAAAAAGAAAUGGGAAGCUGGCCAUUGUUUGAAGGAUAGGAAUGAGCCCUGUCAUAUAAUACAGGUGCUCGAAAUUAUGGCUUCGGCUAGAGAAGAGGACCCACUAGAACUAUCGAAGAUCCUCCACAGCAACACUAUGAAAGUAUUUUUCCCACACAUGUAGAACUGUACAGGAUCGUUAGAAAUGUCUGAGUUGUUGCAUUCGUGGUCAAUAAUCCAAUAAACACAAUCAUAUUUUACUCGGAUCUAUGACACUCA